GUCAGUUGCUAUGGGAACAAACGGGACACAAAUAAAAAAGUUGUAGACUGCCUUGAGUUUAUCAAGCUAGCUAUGUAGCUAACGAUGUUUGUACAAACUGCUAACUGCCAGGAUUUUUUUUGUAUUAGUUAGCAAACAUUGAAUUCAAAAGGCGCCAUUGGCUACAUAGAGAUAGUUGCAUCAUGUCUCACAGUACAUACAACAAACUGUGGGCUGAUGCCCAGGUCGAGUUAAACUCCCUUCUGACUCAGGAGUUCCCUGCUCAGCCUCCUCGCCCAGAGAAGGACCGAGUGGUGUUCUUCCAACGCCUGGCCACCCUCUACGUGCGCUACGUGCAGAUCUUCAGGCAGCUGGAGGAGGCCUAUGACCAGGUGGUUCAUCCCCAGAAGAGGAAAGUGAUCCGAGAGGUCCUGGAUGGCGUGAUGGGGCGGGUGCUGGAACUCAAGAAUGAGAUGGUGGAGAAAGAGUUCUCUGAGUACCAUUACAUGGACGAUGUCAUCCAGGACUUGAAGCUCACGCCUGAGGACAUUGAGAUCCCCAUCCCUCGAUAUUUCCUCAGUGAACGCAGCAAGGUGUUGCAGGAGAGACGGAAUAUGCUCUCCAACAUCCUCAACCUCAUCGAGGUAGUAGAGCGACCCAAACCUGUAGGAGUGCGUGCACUGAACCUGGAGGAAGCCAUAAAGAUCAUCCAGGUGUCAGAGAGGGCCCGUCAGGGUCGCCUGAGGGCCAAGUUCAUGAGGGAGAUCCAGCGCGAUGAGGAAAGGCAGAGGAGGGCCAAGGACAGGGACCUGGGGGCAGCGGCCAUCGACACGGCUGUGGUUCGCAUCCAGAAGGUGUGGAAGGGUUAUGUGCAGAGGAAAAGAACAAAGAGGGAGCGAGAGGAGGAGAUGAUAUUUUUGGGCAUGGCCAUGGAGCCCAGACACACCCAGCCCUGUCCUGCCAUAACAGCUGCCCUGGCCAACGAGGCCCGUCGGAGAGGCAAGCAGGAGGAGCAUGAGGAGGACUACCAGAAGUCCAUUGUGGCCAUCACAGACAAACUCAGAGAGGUGGAGGGGCCCGACAUGAGGGAGACCAUGAAGGACCAGAUCAGACAGUGGUUCAUCGAAUGCCAUGAUGCAACAGGAACUUUCCCUGACUACCCAGAGGAGGAGGAUGGAGGCUCGACUCUCAUCUUUGCGGAGAAAACACCUCAACAGGUAUUCAUCAGUGAAUCCAUCUUCUGGUGUGAGAUGUUAAUGGAGGAACUAGCAGCGAAAGAUGAGGAGGACGCCAACAAAAGCACGAAAGGGAAGGAGGAGAAGAAGGACAAAGGGAAGAAAGACAAGGGAAAGGGAGGAGAUGAGGAGGAGGAAUCUGGGCUAAAGAUGCUGCCGUCUGCUUUCCUAGGAGAACUGGAAGUAGGACACAAGACCUUUGGUGAGGUGUGGCAGAAUCGUACCGAGUCCAAGAACUUCAGCCAGAGGCACGAGGCUGAGCUGAUCAAGGAGGAGAAGAGGAAGGAGAUUGAGGUGGAGAUCAGGUUGCAGGUGGAUGAGCUGAUGAGGCAGGAGCUGGCUAACUGGAAACUGGCCGUGGAUAAAGAUAAGGGUGGCAAAGCCAAGGGAGGCGCAAAGAAAAAGAAAGGGUCGAAAAGUGGAAAGAAGAAAAAGAAAGACAAAGAUCUGACAGCUGAUAGGAAUAUUGAGUCUCUGUAUCAGGAACUGGUGGAACAGGGCUUGUUGAAACAAUCAGAUAACGUUAAACUGCAGGAUUAUUUAGGCGACUAUAGCUAUCUGGGGACAACGUUAAGGCAAACUGACAUUGAGCCCAUGCCUUCGCUAUCUGACGUGAGACAAGUUAUAGCUCUGUACGCCGUCUUACCUUUAGGUUCUCAGGUGGUCCAUGAGAAGGCUCCUCUGGUGAAGGCCAUCCUGCUGGCAGGGCCCGUGGGCGUAGGCAAGAAGAUGCUGGUCCAUGCCAUCUGCCAGGAGACGGGCGCCAACCUAUUUGAUCUGUCACCUCUGAACCUGGCAGGGAAAUACCCCGGCAAGAGUGGCCUGGCCAUGAUGCUCCACAUGGUGUUCAAGGUUGCCAGACUGUUGCAGCCAUCAGUGGUGUGGAUUGGAGAUACAGAGAAAAUGUUUUACAAGAAAGUACCGAAGGAGGAAAAAGAGUUAGAUCCAAAACGCUUGAAGAAAGACUUGCCCAAGAUCCUCAAAUCGAUCAAAGGGGAAGAUCGUGUUCUAGUCGUGGGAACGACUCAUGAUCCGUUCAAUGCUGACCUCAAAUCACUAUGUAAGGUGUACAGCAAAAUUAUCCUCAUUCCACGUCCUGACUACGCCUCACGAUAUGUAAUGUGGAGGCAGUUGAUCAAGAAGAACGGAGGACAGGUUACGGCUGCCCUGGACCUGAGCUCCUUGGCCAAGAUCUCUGAUGGCUACACGCAGGGUCAUAUGGUGCAGGUGGUGCGCAGCAUACUGACAGAGCGCCGCGUCCAGCAGCUGGCCAAGAGACCCCUGGGCGCCACCGAGUUUGUGGCCCCGCUGGCCAAGAUCGACCCUGUGUUUCAGGACGAGGAGGAGGCCCUGAAGAAUUGGUAUGCUAAAACUCCUCUGGGUAAGAAGCGAGCCAAGGCUGCCUCAGGAAAGGAGGGAGAGGAGGAGGCACCGACAAAGGGAGGCAAAGAUGCCAAGAAGAAAGGGAAGAAGUAAAUCAAACAACGUCUUACCUUAACUGAACGCAACACUGAAAGAAAAACUGAGGUGGACACCAAUAACAUUUGCGCACCAGUUUCCUUGAAGUUAUUGUAUUUUAAAUGAAUCUGUAUAAUUUAUUUCAUUUUCUCUUCA